CAGAAAGCCAAUUAAACCAAGAGCUUUCAAAAUCUGAUGCAUAAGAAACCAUGGAGAGUUUUCCACAAAAAUCAGUUGAAGUGGAGAAGAGGGAUUCGAGUUCUGGUGAUCUCCAAAACAUAGAAUUAAGUGAUGAUGAUUUCCAAAACGCAGUACUAAACAGAUCCUCUUCCUCCAACCAGAAGAGCAGAAUUCAACAGAGAAUAACCUGCAGCAACAAACCAGCAUAUCUGGCAUUUCUGGCAGAGGAAUUCCAACUGUCGAGGCAGAAGACCAAAAGCCCUGAAAGUGAUCCUGAGGAGAAGAAAAACAGAGCUGUCUCAGAUAUAGAUGUAGUGAAUGAGAAGAGGUGUGAGUAUGAGAGGUAUUGUCACAGACUCCUUGGUUGGCCAAAAGAGUCUGCAACUGCGUUACGCUCUCUAUAG